AUGUAUUUUUCAAUUAUUUUCAUAGAAUCUAAAGCUUUACAACCAGUAAAGCGCUUUGUGAUGAAUAAUGAAAGCCCUGUUGCAUUCACGGCUGGGAUUUCACCAAGGUCAGUCGAUCAUCUGAAACAUCAAGACACAAUAAAGUUUGAGACGGUGAUAACAGAUAUCAGCGGAGGCUACAACAACCAAUCUGGCGUGUUUGUUGCUCCUGUGUCUGGUAUCUACAUGUUCAGCUGUUCCUUGAUGGACGACUUGGAAGAACAUGGUCUUAUGUUGCACGCUGAAAUUGUACAGAAUCAGCGUGUCCUUGGAAGAAUCUUCGCUCAUGCUGAGGCAAACAAUCACCGUGACCAGGGCGCACAGACAGUUUUCACAUACAUCAACCAAGGCGACAAAGUCUGGGUUCGAACGAUAGACAACCAAAACCUUGGACUCGGUGGAGAGUUAUACUCAACCUUUUCUGGUUAUUUGCUACUUGCUAUGUAG